AACCCUUCUUCUGACCCCUUCGGCCGUUCCUCGUCUCUCCGCAGCCUCUCUCUCUCUCUCUCUCUCUCUCUCUCUCUCACCUGAUUUUUCAGGCAUGGCGAGACAGAAACUCAAAUCCCUUAUCACAUGUUUCACUCCCGACGGCGACUAUUUCGCCGUUUUAUCCCCUAGCGGUGUCGUCAAAAUUUGGAACACAAAAAGUGGAAGUCUAGUGGCAGAGUGGAAGCAAACAGAUGCCCCUUCUGAGCCUAGUAUCUCUUGUAUGGCUUGUAGUUUCAUUGGGAAGAAGCGCAGAAAAGAGCAUGGUACUUGCUUAUUAGCUGUUGGCUCAAAUGCUGGGGAAGUUUUUGCUGUUGAUGUUUUCACUGGUGAGGAGAAGUGGAAAUCAUCUGGAUGUCAUGCCGAUGGUAUUGUUGGUCUUUCUUUUACGAAUAGAGGCCGCAUACUUCACACAGUUGGCAAUGAUGGAAUAGCAUCUGAGAUGAACUCAGAAAGUGGAGAAGUUGUAAGGACAUUCAAAGUUUCAAAGACACAUAUCUCUUCCUCAGCUUCGUGUGAUGAGCAACUCUUAGCCAUAGCCAGUGGUAAGAUACGAAUUUUUAGAUGGGAAUCUGGGAAAGAGCUUCUGAAGUUUUCUGCUGAUGGGGGUCUGGUGCAACGUGUUUCCAUUACUCAUGAAGCCAAGGCCAUAGUUACGUCCGGCUCUGACGAGAAACAUCUUCAAGUCUGGAAAUGUGAUUUGAGUAGUGGAACUGUAAGCAAAGGACCUGUUCUUUCCAUGAGACAUCCUUCUUUGGCAUUUGAAUGUAAUAAUGGAGCUAAUGGAGAAGAUGGUUUAGUUGUCCUCUCGGUUUCAGAAUCAGGUGUAGCUGAUAUGUGGAAUUUGAAAGCCAUCACUGAGGAGGAGGUAACUCCAACUAAAGUGACAGUUAGAGCUAGCAAAGGUGAUAUGGACUUGCAGAAUAGUGGAAUUGCAAGUCGCUUGUUAAUAAUGGCUGCCAGAUUGCAUCAUUUAGAUACUGAGGGGCGCGUGACAGCCCUAAUUGUUUAUGGUUCCCCAGAUAAUCCACGGUUUUCUUUAGUGGAUGUCAGUAAUCCUGGUGAGGACAUUGUUAUUACUGCUGAUGAUGAAACAAAGAAAACUAGUGAGAUUGUUCAAGGAAAUGGGCUCCAUGAAAGGGUUUUAGAAGAAGUAGCUGUACCAAACCAAAAUAAAAUACCCAAUAAGAAACGUGCAGCAUCUGACCUGGAUCUUGCAGACACGGAGAACUUGGUUGAUUAUGAUAUAAGUCGUGGAGAACCAUUGGAUGGAAGCCAAACAGACGAUGAUUUAGAUGAGCCAACCAUGGGUGAGAAACUGGCAUCUUUAAAUUUACUAGAGAAUAAGGAGGUUAAAAGCCUUGAGGAAAAAGAGUCUUCUCAGCUCGCAAAGCCUCCAAGUGCGGACUCUGUUCAUGUUUUGCUUAAGCAAGCUCUACACGCUGAUGAUCGAGCACUUAUCAUAAAUUGCUUAUUUACCCAAAACCAGAAGGUGAUUGCGAACUCUGUCUCAAUGUUAAAUCCAGCUGACGUUCUCAAACUUUUAGAUUCACUAAUAUCCAUAAUCCAGUCUAGGGGUACAGUGCUGGCUUGUGCCAUUCCAUGGCUGAGGAGUUUACUUCUUCAGCAGGCAAGCGUAAUAAUGUCCCAGGAAUCUUCUUUAGUUGCCCUCAACUCUCUAUAUCAGCUCAUAGAAUCUAGAGUUUCAACGUUCCAACCAGCUCUUCAACUGUCUUGUUGCUUGGACUUGCUUUACGCUGCGCAGAAUGCUGAUGAUGGUUUUGACGAGAAUGGCACGACUACACCGGCUGGUUUGGAGGACACAGAUGAAAGUGAAGAAGAGGAUGAAGCGGAGGAUGCCAUGGAAACAGAUCAAGAAGGCAGCGACCAUCGCGAACCAUUUAACGAUGUUAGUGACAUCGAGGGAAGUGAUGAUGACCUGGGUUUUGAUUGAUAAAGGCUGCAGUUUAUUAUAACAUCUACAAAAACGAUUUAUCGUCAACUGCUUGGCAGUGGAUAGGAUCCAAGCAUUCGGAGUUGUUAAACCUCGGGAGAUUGACGGAUGGCCGCCGAAGCUCGAAUCGUUUCCAUGGGGAAGAGUUUUUGCUAUGGGGACAGUCCGAAUUUGCUGUGCAUUUUCCACCACUGCGGUGGUGAACUUGUUUGUCUCCGGUGUAUUAGAAAUUAGCUGUUGGCGUUUGCCUGUAGUCUUUGAUAUGGCGUCGUCUCUGAACGUGUUUUUCAGUAUCAAAUGGACCCUUGCGAAAGCUUUUCCUUGUAUGAGUUGAAUAACAUUCUCGAAUCUAUGUAAGAUUUCUAGAUUAUGAUUA